GUCGUUUUCCAUUUACAUUUUUCACCAAAACCCUAGCAUUUGCCUCAACACAUUUUUAUCGCCUCACACUUUCUGUUUUCACUUAGUUUCUGAUUCUUCACUUUCAUUACUUCAAACUCUCGCAGCGAUGAGACCUCCAAGAGAUAAGUAACCAACGUUUCUUACGUUUCCUAUCAUUUUUAGUUACACACUCUCGUUAUGGCAUUCCUAAUGGUUUAAUCAUGUUUCAGGCCGUGGUGGUGGUGGGUUUAGGGGCAGAGGUGAUGGUGGAAGAGAGAGAGGAAGAGGAGGUGGUGGAAGAGGUGGUGAUAGGGGUGGUAGUGCCAUGAAAUCCCGCGGCGGUGGCUGUUGUCUGAGCAAAGAACGCAGGAGAUACUUUGUAUCAUUCAACCUUCUUUGGUUUCUGAACAAAAUCGACAAAAUAUUAUUGCUUACUUUCAGAGGCUAAUCAAAGGUUACUAUGGGAUCGAGUGUUAAAGCAACAAUUGAGAGGUACAAAAAGGCUUCUGAUUCCUCCAAUACUGGGUCAGUUGCUGAAGUUAAUGCUCAGUUCUAUCAGCAAGAAGCUGAGAAACUCCGAAAUCAAAUCCGGAAUUUGCAGAAUACAAACAGGCACAUGCUGGGGGAGUCCGUAGGGGGAUUGCCUAUGAAAGAAUUUAAGAGCUUGGAGAGUCGUUUAGAAAAAGGAAUUAGUAGAAUCCGUUCCAAAAAGAAUGAGCUGUUGUUUGCUGAAAUAGAGUAUAUGCAGAAAAAGAUGUUCCCAUUUGGCUCAGUUCCGUUGAAAACCUUCCUUCCUGAUGGAGAUAUUGAUUUGACUGCUCUUAGUCAUCAAAAUAUGGAGGAAAAUUUUGCAAGAUAUAUCUGCAGUAUCUUACAAGAUAACCAGCAGAACUCUGAGGUUCUAGUACAGGAUGUUCAAUAUAUUCGGCACAGUUAUCAUUUUUCUUUUCUGUCCCAUGGCUGUUUAGUUGCUGCCAAGUUUGAAAGAUGCCUAGAGGUUAAAAUAGUGAAAUGCACUGUGAAUGACAUACCGGUGGACAUCUCUUUCAAUCAAACGGCUGGUCUAUCUGCACUUUGCUUUCUGGAGAAGGUUUGAGUUUUUGGUGGAUGCAUAGUCCAGGAUUAGCUGAAUUCAUGCAUAGUGACUUGUUUAAGCUAACUGCUUAUCUUAAAGUGUGCAUUCUAUCAUUAUUUUGUUCUAUUUGUAUUUUGUUAGAUUUCUGGUGUAGUAUGAUAAGUGCGGUAUUUUGUUUGGCGGGAUGUAUUUAUAUCAUAGAUUAUUAUUCUUUUCAAUAUUUUGAUAAUGAAUUUUAAUUUUUUUUAUA